CGAAUUGCUCAAUGAACCUCGUGUCGUGUCGUGCCGUGCCGUGCGAUGCAAUAUUCCAUUCCAUUCCUUUGUGAAUUGCUAAAUAGACCUCGUGCCGUGCCGUGCGAUGCAAUAUCCCAUUCCAUUCCUUUCAACCUCGUAUCGUAUUCCAUUCCAUUCCAUCCCAUUCCUUUCCUUUAUGAAUUGCUCGGUCGAACUUGUGACAAAACGAAACCACGCAAUCCGUCUCCCGAUACAAGUGAUCGAUCCAGCCACGCGAUCGGCCAUCCGUACAUCCUCUCGGACCUCGAUCGACCCUGUCCGACCCGAUCUGUUUCCACCCUCGUUCCCUGACUCGGAAAUUUCUCCCGAUUUCGUCGCUGGAUGCUCUGCACUGCACUGCACUGCAUUUGCUCUGUUUUGAUGCCAUUCGAUUCCAUUUGCGACGCGACGCGACGCGAUGCGUUUCAUUUCUAUGAAUUGCGAUGCAUCGGUUGGAUUGGACACGCAAACAAUGCGGCGUGGUGGGAUGCGAUUCGCCCCUCCCAGCAAUCGCUCGCUCUCCCAACGAGCAAACCCCGGGCCCGCUGUCUGUUUCUAUCGCUCGUGCCUCGCGCACGAUUCGAAACCAAUUCUGCCAUCGGGACUGUUACGGAAGAAUCGAGGGGAGCCCUGUUCCUGUUCGGUGCUGCUGCUGCUGCUGCUGCUGCUGCAUCCCGCCGUUCCUUUGCUUCCCCCGAGGCGAUCGCCACUCCCGUGGCCCACGGCCGGGCGCGGUCCUUCCGAGACGGGAAGCAUUCCGGCAACCAAACCCGGAUUCCCUUGUCCGGUCGUUUCGUCGGAAAGCCAAUGGCAUCGCAUCGCAUGAUGUCUGAGGGCACUGCCGCAUUGGACCACACGACAAUGCGAAUCGUGCGAGAAGGAGCAAUGGCGUCGAACCGAACGAACAAACCAAAAGGCAACCCGAGUUCUUUGUGAACGGCACGGUUCUUGUACGCACAGUAGCGUGGUGUGGUAGAAGAAAAGUUCUUCGAAUACAAAACGAAGAGACAA